AUGGAGCCAGGAGGGUGGUCGCCCCUUCGCCGGCGCAGCAAGGACCGCAAGGCGAAGGAGAAAGAGCGCGACCUGGUGGUGACUACAGCCACCGUUGCUGGGUCUUCUUUUUUGCCACCUCCCGAAGAUGACCAGCAGCCGCAACAAGAUCUUGCGGCGGUCCAGCAGGAAAAAGUGAGCCCCUCUCCCCCUCGCUCCAAUCCGUCGUCGCCUUCGCUUUCGUGGAGCGAAGCCAAAGAACGAAGACGAUCUCAGCGCGCCGACGCACACGCGGACAUCAUCGGAGGACCUCACGCUGGCGCUGCGGCCAUGCCGGAGGUCAACACCAUUGCCAUCGGCCUCGAGCGGCUGCGUCCCAACCAAAACUCAUCGUCGUCAUCGUCAUCAUCAUCAUCAUCAUCGGACGACGCUCUUGGCGGCAGCGCCGGCGAUGGCCACAGCGGCGGCAGCCCCGAGACCACCAAGCACGGCCCGCCGCGGGCCAGGGGCAAGGAGCGGGACAAGGGCAAGGAGAAGGCCGAGGCCGGCGCCGUGAGCAGCAGCCACGCCCGCGUGCCGGCCAUCUCGAUGGCGUUCCUCCGAGGCGGCGGCCGGGACCACAACAACAAUGAAGGCGGCGGCGGCGGCACGAGUGCUGCGGCCAGCGAAGUGGUGUCGCUGGGUUCCUCGCGGUCGGCUGGCGCGUCGUCGUCAUCGUCGCCAUCCUUGAUCUCGGCGUCGCCGUCGCAGAAGAUGAUGCGGAGAUCGGUCGGCCAGCGCGGACUCACGGCGCCGGCAGCCAUCGAGCCGCGGCUCAUCCACCACAAGCUCCAGCGCGAUCGCACACAACCCAAGGGCUCAGCGUCAUCAUCAUCAUCAUCAUCAUCGGCGCCAUCUCUGUCCAGCACCAGCAACCGCGGCUCCUCCGAGAUCGGAUCUCGCGUUCCGCUCACCGAGGACCAGCUCCAGGCCCAGCGGCAGCGCGAAGAGAAAGAAGAGAUCUACGCGGUGAUUAGGCCGGCGUCUAUGCAGAAGGCCGUGUGGAGCUUCCUCUACACGACGGCGGCGGGCAUGUUCUCCGAGGAGCAGCUACCCCACUUCGUUCACCUCGUCAAGCACACCGCCUUCCUCCUGCCCGAUCCCACCGCCCGCAUCCACCUUCUCGAGGCGCUGGACAGCGGUGGCGACGAGCAGAUCAAGUCGAAGGAGGAGGGGCUGGUGUGGCUGUGGGAGCUCCACCAGCAGGUCAACCGCAACAUCCCGGACCCCUUCGUUUUCGUCGAGCCCGGCCUCUCCUCCGGCCUCUCCGCCGUCGAGCUUGCCCAGCUGCUCAAGGACAUUUGGGCACAACCGGAGUUCAAGCUGGGCACGUCGCAGAUCGUGCGCACGCCACCGCGGGGUCGUGAAGAGCUGUCUUCGCUCCUGGCGCAGAAGAUACCCGACGAGGUUCUGUUGGGGGUAUUUCAAAUGCUACCGACGGACAUGCUGCGGCGGCAGGUGGCCGUAUGUCGGCGGUGGCGCCGCCUGGCAUCCGACCCUUCGCUCUGGCGCCCUCGCUUCCACGUUCGCUGGACCGUCAUCAGGCCGUUGCAACUCGAGAUCGCGUUGAUGGCCGAGACCUGGCGAUCACUCUUUCUGCAAUUUCGAGGGUGGGAUCGGCUGAAGAAGCGGUUCGAUGCGCGGGAGACGCCCGACAAUCUGUUCUUCGAGGCCGGCGAGGAGGAGUGGAUCGAGGAGGAGAAGGAGGUGGCGGUGCUCUCCGAGGAAGAGGUCCUCGAUGACGACGACGCCGCAGCCAACGCCGAAUCCAACACUUCGGUCCGCCGGCACUCUCUCCGGCUGACGUCGAUCCAGAUGGCGAGGCAGACCUCGUUCCGAGAGCGAACGAUGCGAACCACGCGGCGGCGACGGCGGCUCAGUCUGGAGCUGGCCGGGAUGAUCGAGCGCGAGGUCUCUUCGGAGCUCCGCAAGUACUCCUUCUCCGAGAGUUUGACCGAGAGCGGAGAACGACGGAGAAGGGCGUCAUCGGUGGCGCGCGAGAGAUUGGGCCCGUUGCCGGACCUGAAGUACCUGCUGCCGCCUCCGGUUCAGCAGCGGCUCGAUAUCGACGGACCCUCUCGUGGCCCCUACAAACGCGACGACCCAGAGGAGAACACCGCCAAGAAGAAGGCCUCCAACAUCAAGUUCGCUACGCUGCCCAAGCUCGUCGUCUACCUAACCCACCCGGCCGAGCACGAUCUCGAGUUCGUGAAGACUUUCAUGCUCACCUACGAGAACUUCACGUCCCCGCGCAACCUCUUCAAGCUUCUCAUCCGGCGGUACUUCAUGGAACCGCCGGCGGGCUGCGAGGGUGCGGACCGCGAGGAAUGGACCAAGAGUGUACAGAGUCCAAUCCGCCUGCGGGUGUGCAACGUGAUCAAGAUGUGGGUGGAGAAGUGUUCCUCGCAGCUCCAGAGCGAUCGGCACCUGCUCGACCACAUCCACAAGUUCGCCUCCAAGGUGGUCACGGGCAACAUGUCCCUCCAGCUCGUGCGCCUCCUCCAGCAGAUCAAGCGGCAAGGCGGCACAAGAGAGCCCACCUCCUACCAGUUCAGUAGACAGCCGCCGUACCCCGAGGUGCCCAAGAACCUGUUCUCGCCCAGCCUCAAGGUGUGGGACAUAUCGGAGCUCGAGCUCGCCCGCCAGCUCACCAUCAUGGAGUUCCACUGCUUCACCAAGAUCCAGGCCGUGGAGUUCAUCUCGUACUGCUGGUGCAGCGACGAGGCGGAGGAGCAGAAGCGAGCGCCUAACCUGCUGCACACGAUCUGUCGCUUCCGGCAGCUGGCCCGCUGGGUGCGGCAGCACAUCGCCUCCAUCGGACCCAAGUCCAAGCCCCUUACCCGCAUCGUCAAGCGCUUCAUCCAGCUCGCCAACCGCUUGUUGCAACUCAACAACUUCAACACGGCGAUGGCGAUCCUGCACGGGAUCAACCAAUGGGCCGUGUCUGCGAGUAGCAUCUACCAGGUCUACUCGGUCCAGUCCCUCAAGCUCACCACCGUGUGGCCCGAGCUCUCCAAGCGCGACAAAAAGGAUUUUGAGUGCAUUGAGAAGCUGAUGGUCAACGAGGAGCUCUACAGAGAGACUCUCCUCCACAUUCCCGGCAGCCCACACAUUCCUUACCUGGACUUUCACCUGUGCAAGAUCCUGAGCGCGGAGGAGCACAUCCCAUCGACAGUGCGGGGCAUGGUCAACUUUGAGAAGAGCAAGUACCUCUACAACCUGGUCUCUCAGUUGAUGCAGCAUCAAGAACACCCCUACAAUCUGCAGCCGGUAUCCAAGAUAAUCGACCUUCUCUCUGCCACAGUCUACCAGCUCAACGAUUCCUAA